AAAAAUAAUUUAUUCAUGAAAAUGAGUCUUCAUAUUUGUACUUGAUUUUCCAAAGUUAUUGAUUUUUGAUUCAUAAACAAAAAUGUCAAAUCCAACUGAUAGUCCACCAGUCAUUGUUGUUGAUGCUGCGUUGCCAGUGCAAGACUUUUCACUUCUUGAAACACCCACUCAAGCACAGAGACCAAAUCUACUUCCUGCCGUAUCACCUUACAAAAUUGGGCAUAAUGCAAUUAUGGAUCCUGAUCAUUAUGUUUCAAAUUAAAAUUUGAAAGAAUUCUGAAGCGUUUCUUGAACUGUUUAUCAGCCAUCUAACAAGAUUCUUGAUUUGCCGGGAGCUGAAUUGGAAAUCUUAAGAAAUGCAGCAAAAAAUGAGAUGAAAAGUUGGUACCAACAAAAUGCCAAAAAAUCAUGGGGUUUUUAUGAAAAAGAAAGAAAUAAAAGGUGUUAUUUUUGGUACAAAUUUGACAGAAGAAAGUUUGGUACAAAUACAAAAUCUAACAGAUUUUCUAGCUUCACAUUUAGAAGUCGAAGGACUGUUCAGAAAACCUGGGAAUGCUCAUCGUUUACUGCAGCUAAGAGCUGCUUUGAAUACAGGUGUUUGCAUCGAUCUGGAGUCGAGCAAAUUUCAUUCACAUGAUGUUGCAAGUAUUCUCAAAACCUAUCUUGGUGAGCUACCAGAACCAUUCUUCAAAGUAAAUAUUUCAAAUCCCCAUUUGCAAAUAGCAGGGAUGGCGUUUGAUGCCAAAGGAAAUAGAACAACAUUGCCUGACAGAGCAAAAAGAGUCGAAGCCUUACAAUUGCUAAUGCUUUUGCUUCCAACAGUGAACAGGGACCUUCUUCGUGGAAUCCUAAACUUGCUUUAUCAAACUGCAAAGAACCAAAAAAUGAACAAAAUGAAUGCUUCAAAUUUGGCUACAAUGUUCUGUCCUCAUUUAUUGUGGCCUCGCAACUUGAAAACCACAGAUCUUCAAAACAACAUUGGAAAACUCAACGAUCAUGUUGCAUUCAUGAUCCGUCAUUCACAGAAGAUAUUUGCGGCACCUCAGUAUAUACGAGAUAGUGCAGGACAAAUACACAGGAUCUACAUCUAAGCAAGAUUAUCCAAGUGUUAUUUUCACCCAGUCUGGAGCAGUGAAACGUACGUCUAGUGCCGCAAUGAAUAUGCAAUGGAAACUAGAUCCUAUACAGAUCAAGCACUCAAGGAACUGUUUGAACAGGUUCAAACAUGCCAAACUCUGCCAAGAAAAAGAAAAUUGUCAAAAAUAUGGAGAAGCAGGUAUGACACCAGGAAAGAAGCGCAUAAACGAAGUCGUACUUUUGGUGGGUAUGAUCAAGAAAAGGUAUUAGUGUCGCAACUCAAAUAACAAUAAAAUGGACAGUGAUGGUGCAAAUAAAGAUAAGCAAAACUUUUGUUCAUAUACCACAGCCAGGAAGUGGAAACAUUGCUUCGAUCAAGAACCCGUCUUGAGCCGUAGAAAAUCUGCAAGCAGCAAAAAGGCAGAUAAUCGAGCAAGUAUGAAAGAUAGCUUCUUUCGUCGGUCUCUAAAGGUCGAUAGAAAAGGUUCAAGAUCAAGUGAAAUAGGAGGAGCUGAGCAGUCUGAUUCAACCGUUAUGUCACCGAUACCUUUUCCGUCUCUAGAAGAUGGAACUGACAAAGAAAAUGAAAAAAAGAUUGAAAGUGAUUCGGGUUGCCAGAAAUGCAUCUAGAUUCUUCACUAAUCAGAAAAAAGACUGAAAUAUCAGCUCAUGCUAUGCACAAAUAUAACGCAUAUCGAGCAAUCAUACUUUGUAUAUUUAUUAUUCAGAAUGCAUCUUGAAUGAUAUUGUUUUUAUCUAACAAUUAUUUCGUAAACAGCUUUUUCAGUGAGUACCUUAUUCUUUUUUGAAGUUUUUCUUAUCGGGUGGAUCGUUCGCUCAGGACAGGCACCACCAUAGGUUUUUUAUGUUAAGAAUAUCCAUAUUGAAGUGCAUUUAUGGGUUAGUUACACUUAGGGAGUUUUCUCAAACAUGUUGGAUUUAAAAUUAUCGGAGAUCUGUUAAGCAGUAAAUCAUGUGACAAAACCCAACCGAGGAAUCAUAUUUUUAAACUAAGCUAUGCUUUCGUAUCUGAUUGUGUUUGUACCAAAAUCUUCGAUUUGAAUUUCUGAUAUUUGUCAAAGACCAACUAAAAUGAACCUUUACAUACCAACCGUAUUGGUCUCGGUCUAUAUAUUUGAUAUAUACUUGCUUUCCAAUCUUCAUUCUGCAGUUCCACAAUUUUUUAAAUUACUAUAAAUAUUCAGAUUUAAGUUUCCAACGAUCAAAUUCACUUACCGUAACUACAUAUCUAAUCAAUCUCGAGAAAAGUGCAGAUUUUAAUGAUACACCUGGUCCCUUUUAUUGACUCCUAUUUUUUUUACCGUAUUUAGGAUUAAAAACUGCCUGAUUUACCACGUUGUCUGAUGUGAUAUGGUUCAAAACAGGGUGAUCUUGCCAUGCAUUUUCAUAAGAAUAAUUCUCCUUUAUUGUGAUCUCUUCAGUAUGUAAAGGGGUGAUGGAAUAUGUCAGCUCACGGCUCAAUAAUGGAUAUAUUGUUCUGAUUUCUUUUUAGUAUUUUUUCAAGUAGUGAAACUUACAACUGCCUAUACCAGUGGUUCCUGACCUUUUAUUGCAUGUGGCCCCCUUCGGAGAGUUUAGAACUCAUGGCCCAUUGUUUAUUAUCAUUUCAGUGGUAUAAAUAGUGUUAUUUUGAUUGGUAAAUUCCGUUAUGCAAACAAUUCAAUGCUCAACAAAAGGGAACAACAUUCUGUGAGAUAACCUCAUCAAGCAAUGAAACUAGAAAGAACUAGUUUUUUUAUAAAGAAAAAGGAGAAUCAGUUUUGCGCCUAGCAUGGUGGCCCCUCCAACUGCCCUUGAUGGACCACAGGCUCCGGUUAGGAACCGCUGGCCUAUACUGAUCUUGUAUGCAUAUCUUUACCUCGUAAUUUUCGACUAUAAAAGAUGGCUGAGUGUACCUUCUAGACAUUUGGUCUUAGAAUGCAUUGAUCUAUUGAGUGUGUGAUUUCAAUGAAAAUUUCCUUUUAUAUGGUAGACGGACUCUUGCUUCUUGUUAAAGGAGAAUAUGCCUCUGCUAUGUGGGAUUUUAAUAAAUAAUUAUCCCAUAUUGUGGGGUAGCGGACGAAAAA